AUGAUGCAAGUGUCUAUAUUUAUUGGAAAGGGCAAAAUGAUUAACAAACGGCCUUUUGGUGGUGAGGAUUCUUAUGAGGUUGCUUGUAAGCACCCAAGACAAUUGGAACAUUCUAAUGAGGAUAUUUUUCCUUUUAAUGGUGCUCCCCAGAAAUUUCAAAUUUCAGAUGGUGAAGGUGAUGGUGAUGGGAGUUUUAGUAAAUGUCCAGAUGAAGGAAGGUUUGCAAGUGUCUUGGAAACUUCAGUCUCAAAUGAAACCUACAAAGAACUUGAAACUGGUGCUUCUGGAAGCUUUGCCCGGUUUUUGAGGUCCAACAGCAGCAUUAUUGAAGCUAACGUAAGACCUGAGGCAGCAUCUCAUCUAUCAUUAUUCCCAGAAUUUUUCGCACCUGUAAACCAAUGGAGGGCUUUACUUCAUUCUGACAAGAUCUGCUCAUCUCCUGUUGAUUAUCCUCCUCGAAAGCUAGUUUCUAUUGGUGCUCAGCAUCAAGCUCAUGUUCCAGUAUGGGGCUUUGAGGGUUCACACGCUUCAGUUCAUCUAGAGAAAUUGGAUCCUCAACAUGAGCCUUCAUGUCCUUCCAGUCAGGAUCUUGUUCUUGACGUUAACGAGGAGAAGCUGAUGGGUACCUGUGUCAUUUCUAUGCCUGACCUUGAAGCAUCUGCAGCAAACUAUUUCUGUGAAGAUGUGGGAGCUAGAAGCAACUGUAAGUGUGGUGAUGCAGGUUCGGUUAGAUGUGUGAGACAACAUGUCAUGGAAACAAGAGAGAAACUAAAAGAAGACCUUGGAGAGCACCUAUUUGAAGAGUUGGGAUUUUAUGAAAUGGGGGAGGAGGUUGCAGAUAAAUGGACUAAAGAGGAAGAGCAUGCCUUCCAUGAUGUUGUCCUCUCUAACCCUGUAUCAUUGGGUAAGAACUUCUGGCACCACCUCUCCGUGGCUUUUCCUUCCCGAACACAUAAAGACCUUGUCAGCUAUUAUUUUAAUGUUUUCAUGCUCCGUAAACGGAGUGAGCAGAAUAGGUUUGACCCUCUAAACAUUGACAGUGAUGAUGAUGAGUGGCAAAAAAGUGAACUUGGAACCGUAGAGGGUGAUGAGGAUUCUGGGGUGGAAUCUCCUGUCAAUCUAGAUGCUCCUGCCUAUAAUCAGGAAGAACACUUAGAGGGUUGCUAUGAACACAUUGAGGAUGCAUAUGACGUAGAUGGUUGUAGAGAUGGCAACGAUGCGGUUGAUUAUGUUGGAAUGAAGGACAAGGAUGGGGGUGCUAUAGAUGAUGGCUCAGGCGCUCAUGUUGGGAGUUCCCCUGGUGGUUCUGGUGGUACCGAAACUCAGAUUUUGGAUAAGAUUGCUAGCAAUAACAGAGAGGAUUAUGAUAUUCAAGAUGAUUCUUGCACAUCAUAUGAGUAUCAGCGAGACAGUUGA